GGGAUUUGGGACUGUAUUUGAGUGGAUUACUUUCCCUUGAAAAGUGGAAGCUGUGGAGAGUAAAGUACAGAAGCUGUUACAGAACAGGGAGAGGAGCAGUGUGAGAUAAUGGCAUCCGGAUCAUCUCUACCAGAAGACAGAUUCUCCUGUCCUAUCUGCUGUGACAUCUUCAAGGAUCCUGUCAUCCUGGCAUGUGGCCACAGCUUCUGUAAAGUCUGUCAGCAGGAAUACUGGGCGGAUAAGAAACCUUGGAAAUGUCCAGUUUGUAGGAGAAGAUUUCCUAUAGCUACGACUCAACCUCCUCGUAACCUGGCGUUAAAUGACGCAUGUGAAGCCUUCUUACAGGAGAGAAGCAAGAGAGCUUCAGUUGGGUCUGAGAUACAGGAGGGGAGUCAGAGAGCUUCAGCUGAGUCUGAGGUGCUCUGCAGUCUGCACAGUGAGAAAUUCAAACUCUUCUGUCUGAAGGAUAAACAGCCUAUCUGCUUGGUGUGUCGCGAUUCAAAGGUACAUAAAUCUCAUGACUGUGUCCCUGUAGAUGAGGUUGUCCAGGAGCUUAAGGAGGAACUGCACACUGCCCUGAAGCCCUUACAGAAGAACCUAGAGCUCUUUAAUGACAUUAAACUAACCUGUGAUAAAACAGCAGAACACAUUCAAAGUCAGGUUCAGCACACAGAGAAACAGAUUAACUACGAGUUUAAGAAGCUUCACCAGUUUCUACGAGAUGAAGAGGCAGCCAGGAUAGCAGCACUGAGGGAGGAAGAGGAGCAGAAGAGUCAGAUGAUGAAAAAGAAGAUUGAAGAGAUGAGCAGAAAGAUAUCAUCACUUUCAGACGCAAUCAGAACCAUAGAGGAGGAGCUGAAAGCUGAAGACAUCUCAUUCCUGCAGAACUUCAAGACCACAAAGGAAAGAUCCCAGUACUUACUGCUGUAUCCACAGCUGGUCUCAGGAGCUCUGAUAGACGAGGCCAAACACCUGGGAAACCUGCAGUUCAGAGUCUGGGAGAAGAUGCAGGGGAUCCUCAAAUACACUCCUGUGAUUCUGGACCCAAACACUGCACAUCCCAGUCUCUCUCUGACUGAUGAUCUGACCAGUGUGAGAAGACCAGGCACAUCCCAGCCGUUCGUUAACAACCCAGAGCGAUUUAUGAGGUACACAAAUGUUCUUGGCUCUGAGGGGUUCAGCUCAGGAACACACAGCUGGGAGCUGGAGGUGGGGGACCAUCCUGACUGGGUUUUGGGCGUGGCUAAAGAGUCCAUUGACAGGAAGCGGGAGCGUGAUGCAACACCAAAGAAUGGAAUGUGGUGUAUAUCGCAGCACAGUGGGACGUACAUAGGAGGAGGAGGUGACAUCAUCGCUCUGAAGAGGAGACCCCAGAGGAUCAGAGUGCAGCUGGACUACAACAGAGGGGAGGUGUCCUUCUACGACCCCAAACUCAUGACACCUAUCUACACUCUUAAAGUCAGAUUCACUGAGAGACUGUUCCCAUACUUUAAUAUUGGAAAUGUGGCUAAUGGCAACAACCCUGGUAUUCAGAUCUGCCAAUCAAAAGGGUCUCUGAAAGUGAAGUAAUCCCUGUGUGCAUGUGCGCGUGUGCACGUGUGCGCAUGCUUGUGUGUGUGCGUGUGAGUAAAACAUGUGUCAGUUCAGUGGACAUUAUCAGGAGGUCAUUUUGGGGGUUAAGAUAAUACACAAAUCAUUUCCAGAAACUACAGGACUGAAAUAUGCCUACGCUAUGUGCUUCCCUUUAAAUAAUCAAUUAAGGAUACAUUGUUUAAGAAUCAAUUAAGAAUACAUUGUUUAAGAAUCAAUUAAGAAUACAUUGUUUAAGAAUCAAUUAAGAAUACAUUGUUUAAGAAUCAAUUAAGGAUACAUUGUUUAAGAAUCAAUUAAGAAUACAUUGUUUAAGAAUCAAUUAAGAAUACAUUGUUUAAGAAUCAAUUAAGAAUACAGUGUUUAAGAAUCAAAUAUGAAUACAUUCUUUAAGAAUCAAUUAAGAAUACAUUCUUUAAGAAUAAAUUAAGAAUACAUUCUUUAAGAAUAAAUUAAAAAUACAUUAUUUAAGAAUCAAUUGUUUAAGAAUCAAUUAAGAAUACAUUCUUUAAGAAUCAAUUAUCCAGGGUGAAUCAUGGUUGUUAUUCUUACAAGAGGAGUGUGCUGUAUUGGGAAAAAACGCAAUACAAAGUUUUAUGUGAAAAACUAUUUUUUCGGAUAAAGAGAAACUUACUGUAAAACUGUC